AUGCAGCAUUCCAAGCUGCUGUACGCGAAAGGUAUCAUUAAAAAUCGUAAAAUGCUAACACAAUCGCAGUAUGAAGAUUACAAGCUGGUGUGCCGCUUGGAGCACAUCAAGACCUUCUACUCAUCCAUCAAGGCAAUCUGUUUCAGUGAAUUUGGCACACUACAAGCUAGUGAGGAUGGGCUUCUCAUCACCGUGGAGCAGGGCAAAUCUAUACAGGCAACGUUAUUCAUAGCGCCCGAGUUUUUUGCCGAAUUCAAAGUCGAUGGCGCACAAAACUUUAGUAUAAAGAUUAGUGUGCUCGCCGAGUGUCUGAGCCUCUUUGGUUUGUCGGAUUGCAGCGUUAAAAUGCUGUAUAAGGGCGAAGGGGCACCGCUGCUGCUGCUGCUAGAGCCGCAUGACGAUGAGCAGGUGAGCACCGAGUGCUCCAUCAAAACCACUAAUGUGGAGGAGCCCAUGGAAUAUGAGCUAGACUCAAACAGCUCUAGCUUAAAUAAAAUAUUUAUGCGCGGUCCCGAUAUGUCACACAUCUUUCACGAGCUGGAUAAGGCGGCAGACGAGUACGAGUUCACCAUUUCGCCGUUAAAGCCACACUUUAAGAUCACCACAUUAGGCGUCAUGCAGGCCGAAUCUAGCGUGGAGGUUGCCAAGUCUAGUGAUAUGAUUAUUUUGUUCAAUUGUCGAGCGACAACUGUGGCCCGGUACAAAAGCCAACAAAUACGCCUCACUAACAAGGCCCUACAGGUGGCCACAAAGGUGGCGAUCAAAACGGAUGACAGCGGUCUGCUGGAGCUGCACUUUAUGAUGCAGGCCGACGACGAGGAGGAGAUGUAUGUGCGUUUUUUCAUUACACCAUUGCUUGAACUAGAUGCUAAUUGAUAAAAAGUUUCUAGCCUGUCUGGCAGCACUGUUCCCGUUCUUGUUCUUUCUUUUGAAAUACCCUGUAUGCCAAUUGGCUGGUAAGGCAUACACCUCACAGUGUAGCAGUAGUACUUGCAGCAGCAAAUUCAUAUAUAUGUACUAUAAAUAUUCAUUUUUCGGGCACAAUUGUGUCCACAUAUGUCCAAAAUAUUUAAUUUUUGAAUAUGCACAUGCAAAAUAAAUUAAGUUCAUUGAUAUAAA